AUGGGCCCGAGGAUGACGAACUUAGCUUGGAGAUCGACAGGCCAGGGGGUUGAACCGGAGGUGGACCAGAGGGGGCCUGGUGGGCCGAGGAAGACCGCCGACCAGUUUGGGCGGGUGGGGUCGGCUCCUAUGGGGCGGACCGCAGUGGGCUGGGCAGAGGCGAGCUGGACCGAGACCGGUCGAGGUGAGCUGAACCGAGCCCGGUCGGGCCAAAAUGGGUCGACCAGAAGUGGGUCGAACCAGACAUCGAUCGAGUCCGACUGCUCAGCAAACCAGAAGGGUGGACAGCAGGGAAUCAGCCGGCUGGGAGGGUCCGUACGGGGCACCUCACGUUCCAGGAGGGUACCCAAACCUACACGGCAGCUACCCGGGUGA